UACACCAGUUGGUGGUCGGAAAAGGGGUUUGCAUGCGCGCUGUUGGAACAAAAAGACACAUAAGUUUUGAGUCCUGAACAACGACCGAGGGGAAUCCCUGAGUUCUUACCGUUGGCGAAAGUAGCGCUUCUGGGGCAGCUUGGUGGUGUCUUCUGCCAUAGCUUCUGGGGCUCCCACUUCGGUGGCCAUGGCUACGUACUAAAAGUCGUAUAUACUGUAAUUUACGGAACGAGAGGAAGUUCACAUUUCAACGAGUUCCAACUUCCAACGCGCGGGAGCUCUGCAAAAGUUCUCGGUCAUUUCUUCCCCACAUCCAACAGCAAGUCACCCGCCAAUACACGACGACGUACGCCGUUGCAGAGCGUGAAGGCACAUAAGACCCUUGCGGCUCCCCUCUUUUCACUCCAACUGAUCACCAACCCUUGUGGGUGGAAUCGCACGAAAGACAAUCACCAUGGCAGCAACAGUCGCGGGGACAGGGAUGGAGGGCGUUGCGGGGAAUGGAGGUGCACCGGGCGGUCCAGCGCUGAUCUACCCCCCGCCAGAAAUUAAGAAUAUCGUCGACAAGACGGCCGUUUUCGUAGCCCGAAUGGGUCCUUCCUUUGAAGAGCGCAUGCGAGAGAGGGAGAGAUUCAACCCAAAGUUCUGCUUCUUAAAUCCAACGGAUCCCUACCGUGCGUACUAUGACUUCAAGAUUGCGGAAGCUAGGGAAGGAACUGGUGCACCAGAGCAGGGGCCGGAGGAUGGGAAAGUAGAGCCGGCUGCGGAGGCAGUUCCUGAGCCGGUAGUAAAGCCACCAGAGCCAGCGUCAUACGAAUUCAUGGCAGACGUGCCUUCGAUGUCAGCACAGGAUCUGGAUGUAGUGAAACUCACAGCACAGCUGGUGGCACGGAACGGACGGGACUUCAUGAUAGCAUUGAUGAAACGAGAAAUGCGGAAUUACCAGUUCGACUUCCUGCGGACCAACCACAGCUUGUUUCCGUUUUUCACAAAGUUGGUGGAGCAAUAUACCAAGGUUCUGAUGCCACCAGCAGCGCUGAAUGAACGAUUACGGGAGAACGUGGAAAACAAGUUUGCGCUGCUGGAGCGGAUCAAUGAGCGCGUGACAUUUAGGCUGUAUCAGGAGGAAGAGAGGAAGAAGGCGGAAGAGGAAGCAGACGAAGAGCGAGUUGCAUAUGCGUCGAUAGACUGGCACGACUUUGUCAUCGUCGACACUGUUGAGUUCGUAGAGGCGGAUGAGCGGAUGGCCCUGGCACCACCGCUGAACCUGGCGGAUCUGGAACGCAUGUCUUUGACGCAGAAGAAAGCAGCGCUUGCAUUCGAAUUUGAAGAUCUUCCACAAGUCACGGAAGAUGCUGAUGGCGCCGAAAUGGAGGUGGAGAUGGACGAAGAUAUGGAUAUGGACGAAGACUAGACUAACCUAUGCCGCCGACGUACUCAGCACACAGCAACAAGAUUUUCUCUUCUUGGCUCGACAUCGCCACUUCCGCCCCGACAUACCGGCGUUUGGCUUAUCCGAAACUCGUGGACUCUGAUGAAAGCAACAGCAGCUGCUACGAUCGCAGUGGUCAC